AUGGACGCAAGAGCGUUCGUUUGGGCCCAGAUAAGGUGCAGAUUAUCACCGAGUGGUCAGUACCAAAGACUAAGAGACAAACAGAAUGCUUUCACUGGACAUCUGUUUACGUUUCGAAAUUUUGCAAAGAUCUUACUCAAUUCGAAGGGGAAUCUCAUUUCAAAAGGAAGAAAAGUUGGAACAUCCAAUUGCCUUUACUGGUCGGAAGAUGAAACCUGGGAGUUGAACUACCCAGAACUACUCGCAACCACGCAUGCGCUGAAUACACUGAGUGUGUAUCUCCUGGACAAGUUACUUCUCGUUGAUCGUCAAAUCGUUAGUAUACAGGAGACAGCAAAUCGUCGCGUUACGCGAUGGUUCAAUGAUUACACGGAAUUUCGAUCCAUGUACAAGUGGAUCCCAGGAGAAAGGAAUGUAGUCGCAGACGCGCUAUCAAGAAUCCCCCCGAGCUCGAGCAAAAAGCUGCACAAGUCAGUCGUCAGGAAAUUCUUGAUACGGCCGAAAUUGCAAAAUUGUGGCAAACAUGGUAGCAAACAACAUGACCGUCGCGCAGUUUGCAAAGAAGUUGUAAUCAUGGAACAAGGACAUGCAGCAAAUUAUCAAGAGGCUUACGCUCGGGAACAAGGUUCCGCAUUACUCGCUCAAUGA